AUGAAUACAAAAGCAAUUUUUGGUGGAAAAGUUAUUGUACUUGAUGGAGAUUUUAGGCAGACAUUACCUAUAGUUCGUAAAGGAGAUGGUACUGAAAAGACUGAUCAAAAUGAUAUUAUAAAGUUACCAUCUUCAAUUUUAGUGAAGCAUACGACUAAAUCUGAUCCACUUGAACAACUCAUAAAAGUUGUUUAUCCGGAGUUUAAAGAUGGCUCAGGCAAUUUGGCUUCUUCAAAUAACAAGGCAAUUUUAACGACUAAAAAUUACUUUGUUGAUAAAAUAAAUGAUGCUUUAAUAAUCAAAUUUCCUGGAGAAGUUACAGAAUAUUUGAGUUAUGAUGAAACUUUCAAUCCAAAUUAUCAAGGCCAGUAUGUAGAUUUUUUGAACACUCUUACACCAAAUGGUCUUCCAAUGUAUAGGCUGUUACUGAAACUUGAUGCACCUAUAAUUUUGCUUAGAAAUCUUGAUCCAACUGAGGGCUAUGUAAUGGAACAAGAUUAA